UAGCAAGGUAUUUUCUCAAAAUUAUUUAAAACCUGCAUGCUGGAGGAUAUCGAUACUUGCUGUGCACAUUGGGUUUAUUCAACUGACAAAACGUUCUGUUACGUUUCACGGUCGUUCAUAGUUUCCCGUUCCACAAAACGUCACAAGGCAAUCUAGCGUGAUUGAAGUCAUUUCGGAUCUGCUGGUGAUAAUCAGUUUUGUGAUGGCAUGCACUAUCGGUGUAAGGUUUGAUAAACAGAUCAGGGUGAAAGAGCCAGUUAAACUUCGAUUACUUCGAUCUCGCGUAGUUGCUCCGCUUCCUAGACAAUGGAUAAGAAACCGUCAAGUGGAAAGAACAAGAAAAUGUUAUCAAAACCGAAGUGGUUUCUGCGUUCCGGUGAUGUCGAGGGAGGCCGAUCGAAGAAGGCGUUUUCGAAUCGCUUGGAGAGCGAAUCGAAUACUUCAGCCCCAUCUUCAAGUGCGUGUCUCCCGUCCACAUCUGGGACUGAGAAAAGGAAUAGUCUACACUCGACAGCCAAGGCUGUGAUCUGUCAAGAUGCAAGCACACAGAUGUUGGUCACCACACAGAACCGUGCCACGCAGGUGGACAAGAUGGUCGCCUGCACCGAUAAAGCCACAUCAAUGGAUAAACGCAUGUUCCACAAUGGCAUUAAACAGGGCCCCAGCGCAGACUCUUUGACUUUUCAUUUAGAAUCCAGCUUAGGUGCAGACAUCAUCCGCCAUGUGCUGGAAUUUAGUUCAAGUGAAGGAUCGCCGUGUUCUGUUUUGAGUCCGCUCGAAACGCAGACGUCCAUCAAAUCCGACACAACAACAACAAAUGGGAGGAAGUACACCAGUCCUGAUGCCAUGAGUCAUAAAAGGAUGGGCUGCAUCACCAACACCAAAACGCCUCCAAAGAGGAUUGACCCAAGCCACCAAGAAACCAGCAGCCCCCUGCCUCACAGCCCUUCUCUGCCCCACAGCUCUGACAAGCAGACCGUGGUGAACACUUUGAAGAGGAAAACACACUUGAAACAGCUGGAGCUGCAGCACACCAACAACCCCAAGAAGGCACUGGCCCAGGGCUUAGAACUUCUGGGCAUGGAUGACUGGGAGAAGACCAUUACAGGCUUGAACAUCAUCAACAGCGUUGUGCAGAGCCAUCCAGAUAUCCUGGUCCCCAGACUGCAUGAUGUCUGCCAUACCCUCAUCCUGGAGGUUAUGAACCUGCGCUCCUGUGUCUCCCGGGUGGCGGUGUCUACACUGGGAAUGAUGUACGCCCAGUUACAGAAGAAGAUGGACGCGGAGUUGGAGGUGACGGCCGCGGCACUCCUUCAGAAAGUGGGAAUUGCCAAUGAAUUCAUCCGGCAAGAUGUCGAUGCUGCGCUGGAUAGCAUGGUCCAGAACUGCUCGGUGGCCUUUGUGAUCAAGGCUCUGCUGGCUGGGGGCCUGAGACACCUUAAUAGUGUGGUGAGGAAGUGUGCAAGUCAGCACCUGCUCAACCUGGUGGAAAUGACCGACGCGGCCCGCCUACUUUCUGACACACGUGGCAUCACUGAGUGCAUCCUGCCUACUGCAGCCCGACUCGCCCAAGAUGCUUCGCAGGAAGUCAGACACUUUGGUCGCCAGGUUCUCGUUUUUAUGGCACCCCAUCCUGACUUUGAUAAAAUGUUGAGGAAAUACAUACCGGCGAAGGACAUUCCAGAGAUUAGGGACAUCGUUAAAAGGGCCCAGGAAUUUGCCAAAACACGGACCAACAGUCCAACUUCUGACCACAAAAGCUCUCUGCCUGGUAUAAAUCAAGCUGCAGCUAAGGUUAAACAGUACAGUAUGGCCCAGAAAGAAGAAUACAUCGAGGCAAUGAAGGUCCAGAUGGCAUCCAAAGACUUUCCGCAACGCAUUGAGGCUAUUGACAAAAUAGUAGCAGACUGCAAGGAAAAACCUGAUUUGGUGGUGGCAUGCAAAUAUCCAGUUUUCGAUGCCAUUGUGGCAAGACUGCAGGAGUCAAACCGAAAGAUCAAUCAGCAUGCGCUGGAGGCCCUGCAGGCAAUGAUCCCCCUGCUGAAGGACAGCUUAGCUCAGGUUGUGAAAUUCCUGGUGCCGGCUAUUGUCGACAAUCACCUAAACAGCAAAAUUGAUGUCAUUCACAACGCUGCUGACGGUGCUCUGAAUUCUCUCAUUCAGCAUUUGGGUAAGGUCUCUACUGUCUCUAAAGCCCCUUUUUGGCCUCCAGUAUCAAAGGCAGGUGGGAGACACUGCAACACUGGAAAUUCUUUCUCAUCUGUUCUAGAUAACGCUCUGCUGCUGGAGGUUCUUUGCACCAAGGCCCAGCUCCUGAAUGGGAAAGCAAAAGGGCACCUGAUUGACAAGCUGGCUGGUAUGGUGACAGGCCUAUACCCGAGGCAGCCACAGAUUGUGGAGCAAAAGGUCCUCCCGUUACUGUGGAAGCUGCUAGUAUCCUCCCACAACAGAGCCCCCAUCGUUUCAUUGUGUCAAGCUCUGCACGUUCAAAUGGGCCAGCGUGUGAGAGAGAGUGCUGCCUCCCAGUCCGCAGAGGUGAACAAGGCACUGAACCAACUUCUGCAGACCUUCUGACCCCGAGCUUGCUCCACACACUGAUGUUGUGUGCCUACAAGCCCCACUGACCUCCACCCAUGGCUUCAAUAAGGGCAACAACUUGCUUUGAUCAGGUCACCAGCUUGUCACUUGACAACGGCCAGGUGUCUGUUCACCAGAAAUAAGUAUUAGCUUCUCCAGUGUAUCCUCCUAUCUCAACAAAAGCUUUCUUUAUGGCAUGAAGGUGCUUAUAUAAACAAAGUAUUCUGUAAUAUAUUUGUCAAAACAAUUCAUAAAAAUCUGCUUGCCUACCCAAUUACUAAAGCUGUCACAAAACAGUUCUAAACUGAUGACAAAUGCACACCAGAUAUCAUUGAUAUUAUUACCAAAAAAGUAUCAGGGUUCAGAUCAUGCCUUCAUCAGGGGCAUAAUACAUGAGAGACUUUUUUUCAGAAGUCUCUAGAGUAGGAGGUACCCAAAGAUCAAUCAAUAUUUUCUUUACAUGAUUACAUUUUUUUUUCUUUUCACUUAAGUAUGUCAACAGUACACAUUAAAAAUUCAUAAUCAGCUGUUUUAACAUAUUUUUUUAACAUUUUGUAUGUUCUGUUGGCUUUUUGUGUUUUGUCAAUGAUGUCUUUUCAACUUAACUAAUAUCCUCUAUAAAAAUAAAGAAAAAAAAAACUGUGUCACAAAAAUAAUUGUGUUGCUGAAACAGCACAAACCACUCUUUGCAUGCAUGCUUUGGAGUUCAUAGUUGAGGAUAAAACACAUUGUAUUUGUGUGUGUGUGUAUUUUUUAUCUUGCAUGCAAGCUAUAUAUAUCCAUAA